CCUCUUGUCCGGCCCCCUGAUCUCUCUGUCCAUUGGCUUCUCCGGGUCUAUUUUUCAUGUCCAGCCCCUAAUGAGUGUCCAUUGGUUUUGUUAUUUCCACUCCCUCCUCCCACUCCCCGGUUUUGCCCUGCCCAUGUUUUGUAUGUCUGUGUCCAUCCAUCUCCUGACGUUCAAGUUCGCAGGGACGUCACGUCCGCACUUGAACUUGCAGCUCAGGGGGGCUUUUGCCAUUUUUUUCAUCUCUCUCUCUCUCUCUCUCCCUCUCUCUCUCUCUUUUCAAAAAAAGCCAUGACGGCUAUCCCACUAUCCAUCUUCCCUGCGCCAUCUUUGCAUUAUUUCUAAUUUAUUUUGGAUGUCAAAGGCAUUGAUGAAGAUAUUUUCUCUGGAGUCUCCCCGCUAACCCGGCUCUCCCGAUGUGAACCGAGCUGAAAGCCGCCGCCAACCACCAUGUCUCGCCGCAAGCAAGGCAAACCCCAGCACUUAAGCAAACGGGAUUUUUCGCCCGAGCCCCUGUCGUCCGUGGUCUCGGAGGAAAGGCAGGAACAGCACGGGCUGGUACAGGUCUCUCCUGAAGGGGACCAGGACCUGCUUACCUGCGGCCAGUGUCAGAUGAACUUCCCUUUGGGGGAUAUCCUCAUUUUUAUUGAGCACAAAAGGAAGCAAUGCAAUGGCACCAUGUGCAUGGACAAGACAGUGGAUAAGCCCCCUUCUCCCUCGCAUGGCGAGCUGAGGAGAGCAUCCAACCCCGUGGAGGUGGGCAUCCAGGUCACGCCAGAGGACGACGAUUGCUUGUCAACGUCUUCUCGAGGAAUCUGUCCGAAACAGGAAAACAUAACAGGUAAAGAUGAGCCCAGCAGCUACACCUGUACAACCUGUAAGCAACCAUUCAGCAGCGCCUGGUUCCUGCUGCAGCAUGCCCAGAACACUCACGGCUUCCGCAUCUACCUGGAGAGUGAACGAGGGAGUCCCCUCACACCUCGAGUUGGUGCCCCUUCUGGAAUGGGUGCCGAUCAUGCCUCCCAACCUCCCUUACAUGGCAUUCACCUGCCUGAAGGCAGCCCCUUCAACUUGCUCCGGAUUCCCAACUCUGGACGUGAUGGCCCCCCUCUCCGGGAGGGGCGUUUUCCACCUACCCCUCCACUCUUUAGCCCACCACCUCGCCACCACCUAGACCCUCAUCGCAUGGAGCACCUGAGCCCAGAGGAGUUGGCCCUAGCCACCCACCACCCGAGUGCCUUUGACAGGGUGCUGCGACUCAACCCCAUGCCCCUGGAUCCCCCUGCUAUGGACUUUUCUCGCAGGCUCAGAGAGCUGGCUGGCAACACCUCAGGGUCAACUCCCCCUCUCUCACCCAACCGGCCCAGCCCCAUGCAAAGGCUCCUGCAACCAUUCCAAUCAGGAGCCAAGCCACCGUUUCUGUCCACCCCUCCUCUUCCAUCCAUGCAGUCACCCUCUGGCUCUCAAUCUACUCCAACACCACUGCCCCAGCAGCCCAACACACCCAUGAAGAGCAAGGCCUGCGAAUUCUGUGGGAAAACCUUCAAGUUUCAGAGUAAUCUUAUUGUCCAUCGGCGCAGCCACACAGGAGAGAAACCCUAUAAGUGCCACCUCUGUGACCAUGCCUGCACCCAGGCCAGCAAACUGAAACGGCACAUGAAGACACACAUGCAGAAAACCUCACCCACAACAGUCAAAUCUGAUGAUGGCCUCUCCACAGCAAGUUCCCCUGAACCUGGGACCAGUGAAAUAGUGGGGAGUGCCAGUAAUGCCCUCAAGUCAGUAGUAGCCAAGUUUAAAAGUGAGAACGACCGCCUGAUUCCAGAAAAUGGAGAAGAAGAAGAGGAAGAAGAAGAGGAAGAGGAGGAGGAGGAAGAGGAAGAAGAGGAGGAAGAAGAAGGAGAGGAAGAAGAGGAGCUGGAACGAGAAGGGACUCGUAACAACUUUCAUUUUGGCUUGAACCUGGAAGCCACAAGACACCAUGAAAACAAUGGUGGGCGCCUAGGUGUGGCUGAGGAUGGAAUCCCACGAUCUUUACCUGAGGUGAUGCAGGGCAUGGGUUUGGCAGCCAGCAUGCAGCACUACAGCGAGGCCUUCCACCAACAUAAGCGAGGAGUGCUCAACUCCGACAGCAAUGCACACAGAGACAUCUGUGACGAGGACUCAGCAAUGGAGUCAGACCGUGUGCAGGAAGGCUCAACUAUCAAUGGCCGGGGCUCAUCUCCCAGUGAGUCGGCCUCUGUGGGCCUCUCUAAGAAGCUUCUGUUGGGAAGCCCCAGUUCACUUAGCCCUCUUUCCAAACGCAUCAAGUUGGAGAAGGACUUUGACCUUCCCACGCCAACCAUCCCCAACACUGAGAAUGUUUAUUCCCAGUGGCUGGCUGGCUAUGCUGCCUCACGGCAGCUCAAGGACCCCUUUUUGAAUUUUGGGGAUUCCAGACAAUCGCCUUUUGCCUCAUCUUCAGAGCACUCCUCAGAGAAUGGCAGUCUGCGUUUUUCUACACCCCCUGGAGAACUUGACGGCGGUGUCUCUGGCCGCAGUGGUACAGGUAGUGGGGGAAGCACGCCGCACCUCGGUCCCGGCCGGCCUAGCUCAAAAGAUGGCAGGCGUAGUGAUACUUGUGAAUACUGUGGCAAAGUGUUUAAAAACUGCAGUAACCUGACAGUGCAUCGGCGUAGUCACACAGGCGAGCGACCCUACAAGUGUGAACUCUGCAAUUAUGCCUGUGCUCAAAGCAGCAAGCUCACACGGCACAUGAAAACACAUGGUCAGGUGGGAAAGGACGUUUACAAAUGUGAAAUUUGUCAGAUGCCUUUCAGUGUGUACAGCACCCUGGAGAAACACAUGAAAAAAUGGCACAGUGAUCGCGCCUUGAACAACGAAAUUAAAACUGAAUAGUGAUGGUGAGUGGAGGCACACUUGCAGCAAACCUCCUCAAAACCCACCCUUGUAGAUUUUCCCUGUUUGGCUAGUCCAGUGGAAGCUAAGACAACGUGCUUGGCACCACCAGCACACCCUUCUUCAUUUACCGUUGAAUGCAUGUUCUGUAUCGGGGCAAUACUAUUGCAUUGACGCAAACUUCGAGCCUUUCUCUUGUGCAAUAAUUUACAUGUUGUGUAUUUUUUCUUUUUCUUUCCCUUUUUUGAUAAUUAGACAGCAUGCAUGAUAUGUUUUGGCUAUUUUAAAAAAAAGAAUUGUCCCUGGCUGGUUAGUUGUUGAGUAAAUGUGUUGCUGUUUUCUUGUUCUGUUUUUUAUUCAAAAAAUGAGAAGAGAAAAAAAGCAACCAUGCUGCAUACAUUCUGUAAAACAUAUCAUGUACAGUUUUGUGUUGUAACAUGGAGGACAACCGUUUAUUGCUUCACCCUCUUCGGAGGAGCUGGGAAUCGCACUUAAACUAAUCUUUCAAAAAGAUAUUCUGUCCACAUAGGGUUAAAAUAUUAAUUGGCCCCUAUUAUGGAACAUAAAGUAUUGACAGCCUUUGAAUUUCUUUAAAAAAAAAACAAAAAAACAAGGAGUCAUCAAAAUUUGAAUUUGUACUAUCAUUUGGUAAAACAAACAAAAAGAGUGCCUUGGAUCUUGAAACUGCAUUGGUUAAUCUUCUUAUCUGCUCUAAGCUUGGAAUCUCAGCCAGAUAUUGGAAAUGGAUUUAUUUGAUUCACUUGAGGUUCUUGCAUCAAGUACCUGACUUUGACACUGUCUACAUGGAAAUGAUGAUAAUCAAAAAGCUAAAAGCUAAUUUGUAGUUAAUCAUCAUUAGCUACCUAUUACACAUGCACUCUAUUCAAUUAUAGUAUUUUUUAUUGUGCAUGGUACAUCCAGUAAUGUGUUGGAUUGAACCAUGUUUACUCUCCAGUUAAGGGUACUGUCCUCGGUGGUACAGGUUUUUAAUCCACAGUCAUAAGCUCUUUCAUAGUUUGUGAAGGUUCUGUUCUCAGUAGCAAGCAGUCUAACGCGUGUAUCGGGUUGUAUAAACAUCCACUGCAUAGGUACACUUUGCAGCCUAUAAUACGUCAUGCAGUGUUUUUGAAAAUAAUUUUGAAGAAUAUUUCAUCUGUCAGUGAUGAUUAACUAUGAAUUGCUUACAGGUAUGAAUCACGGUCCCCAAACAAAUUUCUCUUUCACUGACUGGAGUACUUAAGCCUUUGUUCCUUAAAAUUAUGAAGAGGGGAGAGGUGAUGAUCAGGACACAUGACUUUUGCUUGAAAUAUAUGUUUGGGAGGACUCUUUUCUUUUUGUUGGUUAGUUAAACAUCUGCCCACUUUUGACAACCAUGUUUUCAGUCUUUAGAUAGCACUUGACUCUCGGCCCCUUCAGUCUGUGUCUGACGCUCUGAUUGGUGGUAUAGUGGUUGAGUAUAAAGUAUGACUGCUUGCAUAGACAGUAAAGUGCACUGUUAAAGUUUCCCAGUUUACAGGUAUUAACAUGAGGGAAAACUUCUUUUAAGUUUAAAAAAUGUGUCAUUGUUGAACAUAAUGAAGCCAACUCUUUACCCAGUCCAGCACCCACCUUACUGAAAGUUCAACUCCAAUAUAAUGUACAAGCUUCGGGGCAUAUACCUUCUGUCAAACAAUGGACUAUGGAAACUUGCUGCUUUCACUGCAAGAUUUUUUUUUUUUUUUUGUACAAAAACAUUUUUUUAAAAAUAUGAAUAUAAAGCAUUUUUAAAUAAUUAGCAAAUCAUUUUUUAGGGAACCUGUAUUUAAGUUUGAUGUUGUUUCUCUUUCCUCUUUGUCUUGGUGGUGUUCAAGAAUUGAUCACAAUAUAUAUAGAAUGGGAAAAAAAAAUCUGUGAUUUUCUGUUUAUUUCCUUUUUUUCCUCCACCGUGGCUCUUCAUAGCUCUUCAGGUCAAACAUAACUUGCAUUGGGGAAAGGUUUAAGAUUAUAUAUAAAUAUAUAAUAGAGAACUUAAAUAUAGGAAAAUGCACACUCAUGGUCAAUUCCUAUGCUAAAACACAUUUAUGACCUACUUUCUUCUGUAUUUCUAGAAUGGUAUUUGAAUUAAAUGUUCACCUAGUGUAGGCACUAUAGUAUUUAUAUUGAGGCUUGUAUUUUUAACUGUUGCUUGUUCUCUCAAAAGGUAUUAUUGUACCUUUUUUGGUAGUGGAAAAAACAACAAGCUGCCACGGUAUAUUUUUUUAAUUUGGCAGGAUAAUAUAGUACGAAUUAUUUGUAUGUUUAAAAAUUACAUUAAAAAAAUCAAUAAAAAAAAAA